AUUUGUAUGAACCCUCAGAGCAGCAGCAUCGCCCCCACACUGUGAAUAAGAGUCGGAAGCAAUCCCAGCGAGAAAAAGCUCUCCAGCAGCAAUGUCAGAAGCUGGGACUGCAGGGUGGAGCAGCCUCUGUUCCUCCUGAGCAGUUACUUUCUGUACCAAAGCACAAGCUUUGUCAUCCUCAGCGGCCUGUGCCACCAGCUCAUCCUCCUUCAGCAGGAGAUAAAAUACAAAAUGGCAACCGAGACCAGGAGAAGGAAGUGACACCACUAGAUCCCUGUAAUGGCAGUGACAGUGCCCAGACCUGCCCUGCAAAGCCCAAAUCCAAAGUGGAAAAAAAGAAAGUGGAAUUGCAGGAAAAAUCUCGAUGGGAAAUCCUCCAGCAAGAGCAACGGUUGAUAGAAGAGAAGAAUAAACGCAAGAAGGCACUCCUCGCCAAAGCUAUUGCUGAGAGAUCCAAAAGAACUCAAGCUGAAACAGUGAAACUAAAAAGAAUUCAGAAGGAGUUACAAGCUCUGGAUGACAUGGUAUCUGCUGACAUUGGCAUCCUGCGGAACCGCAUUGAUCAGGCCAGCUUGGACUACUCCUAUGCCCGGAAGCGGUAUGAUAAGGCGGAGUCGGAGUAUGUGGCAGCCAAGCUGGACCUCCAACACAAGACGGAGAUUAAGGAGCACCUCACAGAGCACCUGUGCACAAUUAUACAGCAGAAUGAACUUCGCAAGGCCAGGAAGCUGGAGGAGUUAAUGCAGCAGCUGGAAGUGGAGGCAGAUGAGGAAAAUCUGGAACUUGAGAUAGAGGUGGAGCGGAUGCUGCAGCAGCAGGAGGCAGAAGCAGGGAGGCAAGCCAGCCAGUCACACAGUGAUGCUGGGACAACUAAGGAAAACCCCACUCCCAGUGUUACAGUGCAGGAGAAUGAACACGCUAAUCAUUCUGUUGCUUCUACUGCUAUUUCUGGACAGUUGCUUCAGUCUCAAAACUCUGGUACCAAAUCCUUUUCCAAUAUGGACAGUGAAACUCAAGCAGUAAAUGUGACUCCAGGAAACUCCCCAGCUAGUUCUGCUACAUGA